AUGGCAUUUUCAAGCAAGAAUAUCAGAAGCGGCUGGAAAGCAACAGGACUAUGGCCCAUUUCGAUAGCUCGACCGCUCAUGAGCCCUCUACUGCUUGAGAAUGCUUCCAAGCCCUCAAAGCCAGGCUAUUCUACGCCUAUGAGGGCCUCUGAUGGUGGAAAAGACGAAAACUGGGCAUCUGCUACAUCCAUAGUAGCCUGGUCAACGCCCAAGAAGACAGUUGAUCUAUAUGAUCAACUUAGCUUAUUCAGCAAGUUGGAUAAAGAUCAGCAAACGCAGCGACUGUUGUUUCGGAAGGUUCAAAAGGGAUUUGAUGAAAAGGACUAUCAAUUGGCUACAGCAGAGAAGAAGAUUGCAAUGUUGGAAGCAGAAGUUGAGGCUGGAAUGGUACGGAAGCGGCGUAAGGUCCAAAUGAGCCCAAAUUCGAAGUUUGCCAACAUUGAGGCAAUUCACAAAGCCCAAAUUGAGGCUGGCGAAAUUGAGGAUAGCUCAGAUGAAUCUAGCGAGCCUGAAUUACCUAUUAAAACUGGCGAUAGUAUCACAGUUGCAGGAGACGAAUCAGACUUAUAG